UGAGGCAGUAUUGGUGAAGAGACAGACGUACUAAAUUGGAUAAUUUCCUAAAAGAAAAUUGAAAAAAUAUUUUCCCAAUUUGGGAUUUAGUUUGUUUGUUGUUUUCGUGUGUGCAGUAGCCGGCUUAGGUGGACAGUGUUAAAAUGAAAGGCAAGGAACGGUCGCCGGUGAAAAAGCGCUCACGGGCCUUGGAUGAGAUCCGAGACAGGGGAGGAAACCACCCGACGAGCAAGAAAAUGGGGGCUGUUUCGGUUUCUGGUGGCAACAACAACGGCAACAGCUCGAUUAAAAGCGAAGGAGGCUCGGCGAGGAGAAGUUUGCUCGGCGAGAAAAGGGAGAGCCGAGAUUUCGACGGACACGCUUCCAGUCGGACGGGGAGCAACCACAGCUACACCAGUCCCGCUGCGAGCUCCAGCAGCAAGAAUCACAACCCCAGCCUGGCCCUGGACCCCGCCGCCGCACGGACUAACCCCCGCGCCGAGCCGCGACCUCCGCUCGCCAACAACGAGAGUGAGUACAAGACGCUUAAGAUAAGCGAACUGGGCUCGCAGCUGAGCGACGAGGACAUAGAAGACGGACUGUUCCACGAGUUUAAGAAAUUCGGUGACGUGAGCGUGAAAAUAAGCCGAAUUAAUGACGAAAGGGUGGCAUUUGUGAACUUUAGGAGGCCGGAGGAUGCCAGGGCGGCUAAACACGCCCGCGGGAGGCUAGUGCUUUACGAAAGGCCGUUAAAAAUCGAGGCUGUGUACAUUAAUAGACGGAGGAGUCGGUCGCCUAUUGAGAAAGACCCGUAUGUAGCAGUGCCCGGGCACAGACAUUUGCACACCCAGCGGCCGUUGUCACCCACGGGUCUGGGGUACAGAGAUUACAGGCUGCAGCAGUUGGCCCUGGGUCGCCUCCCCCCUCCGCCACCUCCACCCCUGCCCAGAGACCUGGAGAGGGAGCGGGAGUAUGCUUUCUACGCUGAGGCCAGGGCACGCCCUGCUUACAUCGCGGAGCGGGCCGCUUUCCGUGAAGAGGAGUUCAUCUCCCCAGAGGACGAUCAAAGAGCCAACCGGACGUUGUUUUUGGGCAACCUGGACAUCACGGUCACCGAGAGUGACCUGAGGCGGGCGUUUGACAGGUUUGGCGUGAUCACCGAGGUGGACAUCAAGCGGCCGAGCAGGGGACAGAGCAGCACCUACGGGUUCCUCAAGUUUGAGAACUUGGACAUGGCGCACCGUGCCAAGCUCAGCAUGUCGGGCAAAGUGGUGGGCCGCAACCCCAUCAAGAUCGGCUAUGGCAAGGCCACGCCCACCACACGCCUGUGGGUGGGGGGUCUGGGCCCCUGGGUUCCCCUGGCAGCGUUAGCACGGGAGUUUGACCGCUUUGGCACCAUAAGGACUAUCGACUACAGGAAGGGGGACACGUGGGCCUACAUCCAGUAUGAGAGCCUGGAUGCCGCCCAGGCCGCCUGCACCCACAUGCGUGGCUUUCCCCUGGGGGGCCCCGAGCGGCGGCUCAGGGUGGACUUCGCCGACACGGAGCACCGCUACCAGCAGCAGUUCCUGCAGCCGCUGCCCCUGCCGCACUACGACAUCGUGGCGGAGUCCUUCCUGCACCGCACCGCGCCCGAGGCCCUGAGGGUGCGGGAGAGGAGUCCGCCGCCUCUGCACUUCCGGGAGAGAGAGCUGUACCCCGGCGCCGAGUGGCCCACUCCGGCGGUGCGCGAGCGGGUGCGGGCGGCAUUCGAGCCCCUGGACCACCUGGAACGGGAGCGCCGGCCCAGGGAGGCGUGGUCUCUGGAGCGGGAGCUGCAGAGCCGGGACCCCGCCCGCAAGCGGCGCCUCCUGGAGGACAGCCGGCACCUGGAGCGCUCGCCUGACAGCAGCGAGCGCUCCGCCCGCCGGCGCCACUGCCCCUCGCUGGAGCGCAGCCCAGGGGGCAGCAGCCGGGACGGGGGCCGCUUCAGCGAUUCGGAGCGCCCCCUGCGGGUGGACAGGCCCUCCCCGGCCCGCGAGCGCCACGCCAGCCUGGACCGCGGGCCUGUUGAGAAGCGCGUCAAGGCCCUCGGCCAGGCGGAGUCAGCAGCGGCGGGCGGAGGGGGCGGGGCCGUGGUGGGGACGGAGCGCAAGCGCAAGGCUGGCGAGGCCGGGAAGGGCCCAACCAAGAAGGAGCGGCUGGACUCCCUCACCUCCUCCAAGGGCGGCCAGCCAGCCAAGCAGGACGCGGCGGGGCAGAAACUGAGCCUGGCCUGGCAGGGCAUGCUGCUGCUGAAGAACAGCAGCUUCCCCUCCAACAUGCACCUGCUGGAGGGGGACCUGGGGGUGGCCACCAGCCUGCUCCUCGACGGCUCCACAGGGGGCCAGGUGGCCCAGCUGAAGAUCACCCAGCGCCUCCGUCUGGACCAGCCCAAGCUGGACGAGGUGACACGGCGCAUCAAGGUGGCGGGUCCGUCCGGAUACUCCGUCCUCCUGGCCGUCCCCGGCAGCUCGGACGAGGGCUCGGCGUCGGACUCGGCGUCCUCCACCCAGCGGCCGCUGCGCAACCUGGUGUCCUACCUGAAGCAGAAGCAGGCGGCCGGGGUCAUCAGCCUGCCCGUGGGGGGCAGCCGAGACAAGGAGCACACAGGAGUCCUGCACGCUUUCCCCCCCUGCCAUUUCUCUCAGCAGUUCUUGGAUUCGUCUGCGAAAGCACUGGCCAAAACAGAAGAGGACUACCUAGUGAUGAUCAUUGUGCGGGGAGCAUCAUAACACAUGCAACAACAAAAAAACAAAAAACAAAUUGUACAAAUAGAAAUAUGUCUUGUAAUGUAUCGAUAACACUUGCAUGCACUCUGUUCUGCAUUAUGGGAUACAGCAAUCUUAACAGGGAGGGCUGGGGCUUUCUCCUGCUGGAGUAUAUCUUCCCUUCUGUAAGUGUAGUACGUAAACCCACUUAAGGACACAGGUUGCAGACAGGUUCUAUUAUUUCAGGGUACAUUGUAAUGCAGUGCAACUUGUCAAGUCCGUGGAAAAUGCAGGUCUUUUCUAAUGGACUGCAUUAAGAGAAUCUGAAAAAAAUGGUACCAUAUUUAAAUAUGAAAUACCUAAUAGAUUAACGCCUUUUUGGUUUUUGGUGUACAAAAACUGACUACCUGUCUAAUAAUUACAGAAAUAAUUAAAUCGGUAAUAUAAUUUACAAAAGACAAUUUGUUGAAAGGCAUUUUAUUUGAAGUACAAUCAUAGAUAGUUUGGAUGGGGUCUCGGUACACACACAUGCACUGAGACUGCUGUUUGUGAUACUAUAUACCAUCUCUGUUUCCUUUGUGUUAGUGGUUUAAAAGUUGUGUAUGUAAGCCUGGUCAUGCGCACUGUGUUUCAGUCUGAAAGGUGUUGUGUGUUUGCCUGGGUGUAGAUUGCUUAUCCCAUAAUCCAAUCAGGUCCUCUUUUAUGGCAGUGUCUGUUUGUUAAGCCUGUAGCCAAGUUAUGCUAGGAGCCGGCUUCAAAUGAUGUUUUACAGGCAGCUGCUGCCACUAGAUAGACUUGUUCCCUCGAUUACAUUAAUGAACAUGUACCAUAAUUUCAUUUUUAUUUUUUCAUUCUCAUUCAUGUUAAAGGAAAUGACAAUAUAAAAUACUGCCUUUAGAGUUACUGUUGAAUGUUAAUGGUAAAAUUCUCAAAUAGAAAACCCAUUGCCUCACCAGAUGUCUCAAAACAUCCUUUCUGGCUGGCCAAAUGAAUGUGAGUAUACUUUAAACUGCAGGGGUCACUUCAGUAAGUGUCUCCUCCCCUAAGGGCAUAAGGAGCUGCAGCACUGCUGGCUAGUGGCUGUAACCGGAAUACCAUCCCCAGUAGGAGGCUAGAGUAUUGUUUAAAGCCUGUAUGUCUCCUGAAAGAGGCACAGCUACAGUUUAAAGGCAGCAGUGUUCUGCAUCUACCAUUACAGCCCUGUGUCCUUCCACUAUGAAGUCCCUCUUUGGAACCGGUUACAGAAAGAUUAACAUUAUAUUCUCAUGCUGAUUGCCAUUUCAGUUAAGGGAUAAGAUGAGAAAUACAGCUCCCUCUUUUUAUUUCAUUUUACAUCUAAAAAACAUCCAGAUGUUUUCUCAUAAUUUACACUGUUUUAAUUGGUCAUUUCAGUUUGUUUUGGGCUUGGCACCAGUAACACCUGAGGGGUAGAGGUCAAAGGUCAGUGAGGUGGUAUGUUGGAGAAUCAGACUAUUUUGAAAAAGGGCAGAGUUAACAUGUGGUUCGUAAUAAUACUCUUUGGUACUUUGCUUUCUGAAUGAAUUUUCUGAAUUUAACAGAUGGUAUAACCCAGUCCCUAUGGAGCUACUCAGUUAUCUUGGGCAACUGAAAGUGCCAGUGUUCAUAGCGUGACACACACCUUUAGAGUGUGAUAAGGUACUCGCUUUUUGGGUUUUUGGACACAAAAACAAGUCUACAAGAUUUUCUCCAAGAAAAUGUUCAAAAAACUACUAAUCAGUUUCUUAUGGUGUUUAAUGUUGAUAGCAGCUGAAAGUUUGUCUGGCCAGUCACCUUAAACAGAACAAUUCCAUUGUUGAAAACAAGUUCUCAAAAACCCUGGACUCUUAAAACAAUUUCUUUGUUUUUUUAGCAGGGUGCAAAAUUCAGGAAGUAUAAUUCUGGUUUGUUUUCUUAAAGUCUGUCAUCCCAGUGCAUGUCACAGCUUUGAUUUGAUCGUCCAUGCUAAACAUUCAUGUCCAUUAUGCUCUGGAUCAUUGCUUUGGAUUUUGCAGCCUGCUCAGCUGUGAGGGAUGGGAGGGGAGGGUUCUUAGGGGUUAGAUGGGGCAGAUGGGGUAUUCACACCUGGUUACUGUCUGUUAGAAGUGCUGGUAUGUUAUAUGGAGAUGUUCUGCACUCAGUGUCCAAGUCAGCCAAGACCUCUCUACUCAGGCUGACUGCACUGUGCUUUAAUCCUGACCAGGAGUGAUGAAUUUAGACAGCUCCGCUUUGUUGCACUACUUAACAUUUAGACUUUGAAGUCACUGAAAUGAGUGAAAUGUGUUAGAAAUGAUAAAAUGUCCCAAUGCUCAAAGUUGGGGACAAAGCAUAUUGCAGUCAGGUAGAAUACAGGGCUGAAAUUGGUUACUGUGGCUCUUUGACAUGUAAUCUCUGCACUGUAUCCUAGACCUGCAGUGGGCUACAGAAUAAUGAUUAGAGUGUUAAGAAACUGGUUAGUAAUGAUUUGAUGCAACCAUCCAUGCUUCAAGUUUUUAAGUUUUUUUUUUUAACAUGACAAAUGUCCAUUUUUUGUUAUUUACAAUAAGCCCUCAACAUCAGUGUGUCUUUAUAUUGGGACUCAUUUAAAGGAUUUUGUUAAUAACUGCUUCAGAACACAAGCUUACUUCAGAAAUUGGGCGAAAGUGGAAAGAUUUGUGCAAGAAACCUCCAGAUGUGUUUCCUGUGUUGUAUCGCACUAUUGAUUGACUGUAGCAGGAUUAAAUCUAGAUCUGAGCAAUUUUUUUUGAACGAGUCUAAAGAGCGUAAAGGUUCUGAAUGUCAUGAAGUAUGGAGUCAUUUAUUCAGCAGUGUGUUGUUGGUGCCAGGGCCCAUAUCAUUUUUAUUCAUGUUUUAAAAUGACUUUAUCCGAUUGCUUU